GAUGAUGUAACGUGGCGCGGAAGCGCGAGCCAGGCCGCCAGAUGUGCAGGCAUUGGAGGUGGAGGAGAAAGAGAUGGACCCCUCGGACUCGGCCUCGAGGGUCUUCUGUGGCCGCUUCCUCAGCAUGGUGAACCCUGAUGAUGUCAAUGCCAUCAUCCUGGCCCAGAAAAACAUGCUGGAUCGCUUUGAGAAAACCAACGAGAUGCUUCUGAACUUCAACAGUCUGUCCAGUGUUCGACUGCAGCAGAUGAGUGAGCGCUUCAUGCACCACACUCGCACCUUGGUGGACAUGAAAAGGGACCUGGACAGUAUCUUCCGCAGGAUCAGGACACUGAAGGGGAAGCUGGCCCGGCAGCACCCAGAGGCCUUCAGUCACAUCCCAGAGGGGUCAUUCCUAGAAGAUGAAGAUGAAGACCCCAUUCCACCCAGUAUCACCACAACCAUCGCCACCUCAGAGCAGAGCACAGGCUCCUGUGACACCAGUCCUGACACCGUCUCACCAUCUCUCAGUCCUGGCUUUGAGGACCUGUCACAUAUUCAACCUGGUUCCCCUGCCAUCAACGGCCACAGCCACACAGAUGAAGAGGAAGAGACACCUGGAGAAUAGCCCCCCUUCCCACCAUCCCAGAAAGGCUCAGGGCAGCAGUGGUCCUCCCGGGGUCACACUUGGUCAGCUUUGCCGCUCCAUUCUGUCAUAGGCAGGGCCCCUAAUCCCUGCCUCUCCUAAGAGCAGGAUUUCCCCAUGCCAGGACAUGCACCCUAGCUGGGGCAGUGGAGCUGGCUACAGGUAUCCUGGAGCUUAGCCUGGGCCAGCUUUCAAAGUACUUCUAAAGUCCCCAGAGACCAAAGCCAGAUGUCCCCCAAGGUAGAAGGUGCUUGCAGGGCUGAGCUUGUCCCUAACCCUGGCAGCUGCUGAUUUAACUCUGAAGUGUUGGAUUUGAGGAGAGUUAGAGAGGUAGAAGGUACAAGAUAGAGGCAGCCUUGACCCUGUGGGGAGCUGUUUCUCACAAGUCUAGCAGGCAUUUCCAGGAGCCGGGCUGGCAGUCCCUUAGAAAACAACUGAAUGGAAUAUUUUUGUACUGAUGUUUACAGAUGCUGUCAGAAGUUCUCAGUAAAGACUCUUAAAGGGAA